AUGCUUAAUUGACCGUUCAGAAUGCUGAGAAGAUGCAGUUAUCUACAUGGAGUUUAUUUUUAAGCUGUCAAAUCAUAAUAUGGCGCAUGAAUUUUGCCGACGAAAUUACUCUGACCCGGCUUACCGAUGGAGAUAUUUUUACUACUCCAGGCUCUUGCUUCGAAGCUUGCAUGUUUCUAAGCAGCAACACUGCUAGUCCGUACACUUCUGAUCCCACUCCUGCAGUAGAUGCCAGUAUCACCUAUGACUCUUGCACUUGUCAAUGCAAUAAUGGUCUUCCUAUUUUUCGAGAGGACUUACGUAUUUGUGUGGAUCAUAUCAAUGAGUGUACGGUGACGGCCAGCUUCACGAGCGCAUCCGGCCUAGUCGAGAAGGUGCCCUACGUAUUCCUGCCCCAGUACGGCCAGAUCAUCUAUCCCCAUGCGGAAAUAACCAUUCCAGGCGCGGAGUCACCGCUAUGCGUGGUCACGGGCGUCCAGCAGCUAGGCCACGCCGGCUGGUCGGAUCUGAAAAAUCUAUCCGGCCUGGAAUUCCCGCUGAGCUUGUAUCGCGACGAGGCGCGAACUUUUCUCAAAUGGACCGGCGAGCAGAGACUGCGAGAGACGGCGGAGGGCAAGAUCGUGAUGGUGAAACUGGCCUGUCGCGACUCCAAACCCUCGCCGAAGAUCCAGGGCGUCUUUACGCCCUGCGUCACCUUCCGAGUCGCUGGAUCUCCGUCCCGACACACAAUCAAAGAGGUCUCGUUCUCGAGCGGUGGCAGCGGCGGCAACGGCAGCGGCGGCGACGACUCCACGAAUUCCCGGGGCUUGUCGAGCUCCGAGUACAUAGCGAUCGCCGUGUCCUCGGUGGCCCUGGCGCUGGUCUACGUGAUCGCCACGACGAUUUAUCUGCGAUAUCGCGUGCGGAGCAAGCGGCGACGCGGACCCGCCAAAGAUCGACUUGACCAUCACGGCCACGACGUCGAGAGCAACAGACCGUCGAUGGUCGACGCCGGCGGUCAUCGCAGCCCCACGGAGUACGAUCCACUGGCUCGGAUCAUCAAGUCGUCCUCGUCGCCGGCCGCUUCGCCCUCGCUGCUGAGCCAGCAUCAGCAGCAACAUCAACACAGGCAUUACGAAAUCGGUAAUGUGGGUAUAAGCUGCAUCGAGAACGAUCGCAUCGACAAACUCAUGCAGCUGCGUCGUCACAGCGAGCCCGAGCCAGACAACUUUCAGGUGACGGCGGCUAUAGUUCAUCCAUCGCAGCAACAUCAGCAACAGCACGAGGAAAGUUACGAGGAGGAGCCGAUCGAUCCGCAGGAGCAGAACAACAAUUCCGGCUCGAUCAUCGGCGAGCGACUGCCCGAGGAGAACGUCCGGAUCGUCGAGACGACGUCCGAGGGUGCGACCAACUCGCAGCAGCUGCAGCAGCAUCACCAGUACAGCCAGCACAAUCAGCAGGCCGCCGGCUUUCCGGCCACGCAGAGGCGCAAGCUCUACUUCAAUCCGGCCUACUUCGAGAAGCAGCUGUUGAAGGCGCCGCCACCCGCGGCCAUCGAGUUCUUGCUGAAAAUUAGAGAAGUCAUCUCCGUGGCCAAGCACAAGAUGGUGGCCAAAAGAUUCGUUCCAACGUUGAACGAAAUUCCCGAGGAAUCGUCGUCGGAGCGGCCGAGCAGUUCCGAUCAGAGAGGCCUGAGCCGACGUCGCCGCGCCAACUCCGUGCAGAAUCUGGGACCGACCUCGAGACUCGCGAGUGGCAGCAACAACGGUUGCGGCGGCUGUCCGGGCUGCAGUCACGGCUCGUCCACGCCGAAUCUACCGCUGCUCGACGCCGACUCGGGCGAGAGCCGCGUCAGGGCCUGGCUCGAGAACGUCAAGUCGCUGGACCAGCGUCGAGUUCCCGGCUCCUCCGCCAUCGAGACCCUGGACUGGCGCGUCGGCAAGCGUCCGCGCGGCGAUCCGGACACCGAGAGCACCAGCUGGUCGUGCAGAUCUCUGCCGCUGCUGCUGGACGAGGCCGCCGCGGACUCGUCGUUGAGGCAGCAUCGUCGUCAGAAGGUCGGUGGUUUGUGCAACGGCCACGCGAUCGUCAACGAGCAUCGUCAUCAUGAACAGCUCAAGACCCCGAAGCGCUUGGCCAAGUACUUGGCGAGACGACGCUCCUGCGCCUCGGCCGACGACUGGUCGAGCGGCCCCGAGGACGAGAACACGAGGAUCAACGACGACGUGCGUCGGGCCAUCGAGAGGUCGUUCCUGGCGCAGCUCGAGCAGCUACAGAACGGCGCCAAACCAAAGAUCACUCUGAAGGAGGUGGCGAGGAAGUCGAUCGUGCAUCCCAUGGACUUGCAGCAACAACAGCAGCAAACUUUGAACGCCAGAAACAAAUUCGUGGGUUCGGAUUACUUCAAAGACGCGAAUAAUUCGCGCCCGUCGAUCAGUGCGGCGAACGACUCGGUACAGCCGAGCAAGAAGAACGAAGCCAAACGCAUGAUGGACGCCGUCAUUCAAGAAUUGGCCAUAGCCAAGGAUAAAACUACGAGCAACGGCGUAGCAGCCUCGCAGCUCGUCAACAAAAAGCUCGGCUUCGAUUUCGAGACGGACAGUCUGGAAAAGAGCAACAGAAUUGCCAUUAGGAUGAGCGGCGACGAGCCAGAAGCACCGACGCCACCUUAUCAACAGACGACUUCCGGGACGAUCGUCGACGUGCAGAUCAGCGAAACGACAAGUAACGUCGUCAAAAGCUACAAUCUACCGGAAGUGAUACCACUGCGACCGGAGAACUACGCCCUGGUGAGCGAGGUCUACGUGAACGACGGCUACGCCAGUCCGACCGACAGCGACGCCGAGGAGGACUCCGGACCGGAGAUACAGUACGAGGCGGAGAAUCCAGGCCACCUCACCAUAAAGCUGGUCGACGCGCCGCGCAGCUAUCCCAAGCAGGACGAGUCCGAGUACGAGCCCGACACGCUCGAUCGCAAGCCGCCCAAGCACCAGCUCGUGGCUAAUAACAAUAAUAAUAAUAAUUGUAACAACAGCAAUAACAAGGGCCUACGGGACAAUACAAACACGGAGAUUUACGUGGAUUCGCUUGAACGCUCGACAACCCACAUACUGCUCAAGAGUAAGCGCAGCUUCCGCGAGGACGUUCCCGAUGAACCACCAAAAUCAUCGAGAGAAUACAACAGCCUACGAGACAUCUACGAGGCCAGACUGAAGUUCCAGCAGCAAGCUCAGCAAAUGCUGCAGAGCCAACAUAAAAAACUGCAACAGCAGCAAGAAACGGCGAAGCAGCCCACGUCGACCAACACCACCACUACCACCAACGCCAAGACUCCAACAAUAAUCGAGAGAAAUAAUAGCUCGUGGGCCAAGCAAGGGGUGCAGGCGAUGAUGCAUCGAGCGUCCGCCAACAACAAAGACUCGGACUGCAGUCCUCUGCUGCCACGGCAGGAGCGACGACAGAGAAAAGCGGAUAAUCAGCCGGACGUUGUUCCCAAACCGCCGCCUCUGCCUCCGACGACUUCGGACAACGAGACGAGCGAGACUCUAUCGAAAAAUGAAAAAAAAUCUAACGAAACGAGUCCCGCGGAUAGCAAGGAAACCAAGAGCGUCGAUAAGCAGUCGAUAUUUGGAAAUCGCGUGACUUCGAAUUCGAAAAACAAAGAACUUCAAAACGGAUCGGCGAACAAAGCGAACGAAGACAAAGGCUUUUCCGACGUGGCGAUCGGUAACGGCUUCAGCCGAUCAAGGAUCAUCGCGAGCAUCGAUGCUCACAGUAAUAACAACAACAACGCCAAUGAUCAAAUACAUCGCUUCAACAAGUGGCAAUGCCAAUCCAACGAAGACAACAGCAUCACCAGUCGUUCGGUGAGCCAACGCUCGAGCCGUACGAGCAACGCCGACAAGUCCCUGUCCUCGCGACGCUCCGUCGAGGACAGCGCCUACGUCAGCAGCAGCCCCGAGAGCAACGGUUCACAGGAAUGUCGUCAAAUGCAGAAUCACCAUCAUCAUCAGCAACAGCAGCACCAGCAGCAGCAACAGCAACAACGAGCUCGAGGAACGACUUCUUACCGGGGUAGCGGAAGCGAGAGCGACGAGACAAACGGUGCCGCUAACAGCGAGAGCGGAGGCGAAAGCGUCGAGACCGACAGCGUGUUUUUCGGCAGUUACAGGCCUCGAGAAGCGACGUCUCAGCAACAGCAGCAACAGCAACAGCAACGCCCCAGACCACCACCGCCUCCGCCGCUUGCAGCCGCUGCCACUUAUCAAGAUUUUCGUCUGAAGCCCCGAGUCUAUUGA